AUGUGGGACGUGGCGGAAGUUCACCUGAAAUUCCAGCGCCAGAAAUCUCUGGACCCCACGAUGCCCACCUUGCGAAACUUCACAAAGCCGACAGACUGGGAACGCAUCUCUGGUAAAAUCCAACAUGUUAUCGAGAACAGAUCCACGAAGGAGAAAGCCGGCUUCAAACAUCCCGUGUGGUUUCGAAUGCCAGGAGAAUCCAGCAAAUACCUCAGUGCCAGAAAUGUGUCCGUGGGUCACGUGAAAAAACCUCCCGUGGUCGAAGGGAAUCCCAUCCUGCUCUGGAUGAACUUGCGGCAAUUUGACUUGAGCCAAGUGCCGGUCGAUGGAAAUCCCGGACCGCUGAGCACUAAGCCAGUGGAAGAGCAGAAAAUUGACGAGCAGAACGGAAGGGAAGGCUCAGGGCUCCUGAUCGCCUCGCCUUCACCGAGGCUGACACACGUGGGGGACUCUAAAGGCUCUGCAGGGAAUUUCGUCCUGGGCCAGGCAGCUGGCCAUUUGUUGGUGAAAUUCAGCAUGAACGCCGAUCCACAAGCUAUUUUGCAGCGCGCUGAGAGCGCCUCGCGACCCUUGGUGGAGCGGGUGGCCGAUCCGUUUCGCCAGAUGAUCGCCGCACCUGUGAGGUGGGUGGAAGCCGCUUCAGAGGUGGCGAACUGCGAUGGAGCUGACCUGUACUGCGGUGUUGGACGCGGCUACCGGGAGUCAGAUGGUUCUCCACUGGGGACACCGAUCCUGAGCGACCUCCCAGCGGAUGGCUGGGUCAAGCACCAAGGUCCUGAUGGGCGGCUCUUUUGGCACCACCUCUCCCUGGGUCCUCCACCCUGGGAUCGAGCCGUGUCCUCGCGAAUGAAUGAACGCUCGCCAAUCAACAUCAAUGGAUGUGUUGCGGGGACUGAAGAGGACGCAGUUCUGCGAUUGCCGUCCAAGGAAAAACCCAUUUUGAAGGAGGGCACUCAGAUCUUUAAUCUGGACUUAAACAAAGGCGCCGAGUCUGGUGGUGGCACUUCAUCACAACCCUUGGCGAGACGUUCCAGCAGAAGCCUGGAGGCCAUGGCUCCGCCCCACGUGGCAGCACCACCAGAUAGCCGAAACUUGGAGGCGCGCCACGGUGGCGGCCAGCGCGUGUGCGUUGAAGCUAGGCGAGUCAAAACGGCACCGGCAGCGGGAAAGCCCAGCGAAGGAGUAAGGUGUUCUCUGCUUCGUUCUGCCAUGGUUUACACUUCACCUGAAGUGACGCCGAAAGCAGCGGCUGAGCUUCUAUCGCUGGGAGAUGGCCACGGAGCCGUGGAGGAUGUGAGGAGGGCCUUCAAAAAGCGAGCCCUGGAGGCCCAUCCGCAACAGGGCGGAAGUGCCCAACGCUUCGACCGAGUCUUCGCUGCCUUCGAGACCUUGACGCAUCCCUUGACGCGACCGUGGCGGCUGAAACACGGGGUGAAGAGGGCCCGACAGCCCAGGGGAUUUCGUAUUUGCAGAGUGGAACGCACUGUGCAUUUCCUCUUGAAGAGGCUGACCAGAGAGGAAAGGCAGGAAGCUAUCAGUAAGUACUUCUCUCAGCAUCAGCGGCUUUUAUUGGAGAAGUGGAUGGUCGAUGCUCCCAAGGAGAUUCCGUCGAUCCCCUCUCCGGCAGCACACCUCGCAGGCAACAAGUCCGCAGACGCGGCGGUCCCGCCAUGCCAAUCACCUCUGUUGCCCGGUGGUAGCACAACACCGAGCUUGCCGCGGCGUCGCUUGCGCGGCAAGUGUUGCGUCGCAGGAGAUCCCCAUCCUGCAGGAGCCGAACCCACAGCGCCGGUGGUCAAAGUGGAGGAGGUGCCACGCUGCGGUGCGCGUGCGCUGCGGUGGCUGCCGUGCAGAAACCGCUGGAGCAAGGGUACCACCGCCAGUUUCCGCGCCAAGAUGGAGAUGAAAGACGUUUCCAUCUCAACGAAAGCCUGUGAUUUGCCGCUGGCGCUGGAGUUCCUGUGUAUUCUCAUGGCGGCCCGCCUUGCUGGUGGCUAUGCGGCUACCACUGAGCAGCUCCGCGCAGCCUUGCACUCUGCUGCGAAGGAACAGGGGCGCACCAUGUCAGAAUUAGGGCUGCGCUACUCGCUCCUUGUGCGCCACGACUACUGGUUCGGCAGGCAGACAGUUGUAGUGCCUGGCACGCAGUCCUUGGAAGUCUUGGACGCGGUGAGGCAGAACUUGAAUCCCUUCCUACGUAAAGGCGUCGUGUCCGAGCAAAGCCCUGUGGACUUGCAGAAGAACUGGAAGCAUUUCUUAAGGGCCUACAGCCAGAUUUGCAAAGAUCAAGCGGUGCUGUCGAAGGCCCAACGCAUCUACAAAGCCAAUGAGGAGGGUCGUCGCAAACAGCUGAGAAGCUGGGAACAGAUGCAGAUGGCCAAGGAGGAUCGAAUGAACGCGACAGCGAUGCCUGCGAUGAGCAAAGGAAUGCAGGCCCUGCGAGAUGUCUUGAAGGUCUGGCAGCGAUCAUUGGAGAAAGAUAAGGACCAGCGCAUGCUGUUGCGCGCCAAACGGAAGUUUCACCUUGCGCGGAAGCGUCUCUGCGGUCACCGCCGCAUGCGACGCUCCGCGCCGCGCUCCGCGCCACGGUCUGCGCCGCGGCGGCCGCCCACGCCCUUUGGAGGUUGCUGGACCGGUGCCACCAGUGCAUCAAGAUUCUACAAGGUCUGGGACUCGAGCAUCAACUUCAAAAAGAUGAAGCAAUGCAUGGCGCGCGUGCGAACCUUUGUGACCUCCCAAGGGUCCCAAGGUCAGCUGACCGGCUCCCAAUCCACGUCGAUGUACCGCGUUCUGCGGCCGCCCCCCACGGACUCCCAGCUGCCCACGGCCGCUGGCGCCCCCGCGAUGCCGGUGGCGCCUGUGGCAGUGCCAGUGCAGCGGAGUGCCACGGUGCUGCGACAACCCACCGCGCAUGUGAUACGGCCGCAGACGCAGCCAAGUACCCUCUCCAGCACGGUGCCAGUUGUCCGAACAGGAGCAGAAGGCUCCUUCGUGACAGUGAGACCUGCAAGGGCGUCCUUUGCUGGUCAGGUGCCAUCUACGAUGGGAGCACCAACUCGUGCCUCUUUCGCGUAG